CCGAGUGGAUUCUUUUGUUAAUCUGUUGUUAUGAUGAUUUUCUUCCAUUUUUCAGGUCACGAGAAUAAUGCCGGAACCCAGAGACAGAAUAGUAAGGCCGGACCCGAUCGAGUUGCUAUUCGUUACUCGUCGAUGGGGUGCAGGUAUCCCACAAGAUACCGGACCACAGAGGGGGUUUACUGCUUCGCCUUCAAGGCCUGAUGGGAGGAAUUUGUUCGUCUCAUCAUCAAGGACCACUGAUGGUAGGAAUUUGUUUGCUUCCACCCGGCGGCGAGGGCCAACCGCAAACAAAGUUCAACGAGGCCGUAGAGGAGGGUCAGCUCAGCGAGGCCGCGGUCGUGCCACGAAUAAUAGUCCGUUGCCUUCUUGGUACCCGAGGAGGCCUCUUCGUGACAUCACAGAGAUUGUGCUAGCCAUUGAGAGGAGGUCCCAUCAUAUAGAGCCUGAGCCCGCUCAACUCCACACCCCUUUGCCUGCUCCCCUCGAGCACAAUUCAAAUCUGCAAACUCCAAACCCAGAAAAAGCUGUGAAGCCCUGCAUGCCUUCUAGUAGUCACCAAUCAAUGGUUCUGCAGAACUUUGAUAGCAAGAAUGCGGAAGGAUCUGAUUUCAUCACCCCACAGAAGAAGCUUCUCGACUCCAUUGAGCAAGUUGAGAAGGUUGUGAUAGAAGAAUUCAGGAAACAUGAAUGUUCCCGCAGCGCAAGAAAGCUGGAAAGACAAAAGAAGGUGCACACAUUAAUGUCAAUGAGAUGACUGAAUAGAGCAUGGGCAGGGAAGGGAAGGAAGCUGGGGAGGUGAGAGAAGGGCUAUGAUCAUCUUCUGAUGAUCUUCUACUUUAGCCUUUGAAGUUGAUCUAUUGGGUAGAUAAGAUUUUUUUCUUCUUCUGAUUUGUUUUAGGCCAUUAAUGUCUUCUGCUGAAGGUCUUCUGUAGCGUUAGUAGGCAGGUUCUGCUUCUCAAUGUCAUGGGCUGAGGGUCUUGACUUAGGACUACUAGUAGACAUUAUUUUGUAACAAUGUAAAUAGGGGCAUUUCCUCUUCAUCACUUGAGAAAUUCUUAGGCCAUGUAUGAUUUUUAACAUCAUUCAAUAAAAAUAGGUGA